CUUCAUGUGUGUAAACAACCCAUUGAAAUCUCAAUCCUUCAAACAUUUGUUUUCUCACACUUUUUUGCAACUUGUUAUAAAGCAUUGAAUUCUGCCACACAAAUUUAUUAAAUUUGAUGAAUCCAACCACACACAUUUAUAAGCCUUAUCCCAAUCUCUGCAAACUUCAAUCAUCAUCUUCUCCUCUCCAAAAUUUGACUAUAAACUACACAACUUUGAGCAUGAAAACAGCUUAAAAAACCAUCAUGAAUCUUCUCUUCUAUAUUGCAUUUGUUUCUUUGCUACCCUUAAAGACCACAUCAACAUCAACAACACAAGCAGAAGCACUUAUUAAAUGGAAGCAUACCUUAUCAUCAUCUCCAUCUUCAAUGAAUUCUUGGUCUUCAAGAAACAUUCAGAAUCUUUGCAACUGGACCGGUGUUACGUGCAAUGAAGGCAGUACAAUCUCCACGAUUAGCCUCUCGGGUUCAUCGAUUUCGGGUACAUUAACAUCUUUUCAGUUUUCUUCAUUCCCAAAUCUGACCCGUUUCGACUUAAACAAUAACCAAGUUAGCGGUGUCAUCCCAUCCGCCAUUCGCAACCUCUCGAGCAUUGUCUACUUGGAUUUGAGCUCGAAUCUUUUCGAAGGUGAAAUCUCACAUGAGAUUGGAAGGCUAACACAGUUAAGAUAUCUUGAUCUUAAUAAUAAUAAUUUUAAUGGUGCUAUCCCAGUUCAAAUAAGCAAUCUUCAAAAGGUAUGGUACUUGAAUCUUGGAGGGAAUUACUUGACUGAUCCAAACUGGUCUGACUUUUCAUCUAUGCCAGCGUUGACUUUUCUCAAUCUUUACCUCAAUGAACUUGAAAAUGGAUUCCCAGAAUUCAUUCUCAACUCCAAGAAGUUGACUUUUCUUGAUUUGUCAGUUAACAAAUUGAAUGGCUCUAUACCAGAAUCAUUAUUCACCAAUUUGUUAAAUCUUGAGUACCUUAUUCUCACUAAUAAUUUGUUUCAAGGUGAAUUGUCACCAAACUUUUACAAUUUGAAAAAAUUGAAGGAGCUUAGACUGGGAACCAACAAGUUUUCAGGCGCGGUUUUUAAAGAUUUCGAUUUAUUCCCUAAUCUUGAGGUGAUUGAAUUGUUUGAAAAUUCGUUUGGAGGGACAAUACCUUCUUCUAUAGGUCGGCUUCAAAAUCUUCGGUACCUCGAUCUCCACUCGAACCAACUCAAUUCUUCGAUUCCUUAUGAGCUUGGAUUCUGUUCGAAUAUUACAUUCUUGGCGCUCGCUGGAAACUCGUUUACUGGCGAGUUGCCAAUGUCUUUAUCCAAUCUGACCUUGAUUACUAAUCUUGGUAUCUCUGAAAAUAACUUUUCUGGUGAAAUUUCUUCGGAUUUCGUCACAAACUGGACCAAAUUGGUCUCUUUACAGGUUCAAAAUAAUCUCUUCACCGGUACAAUCCCACGAGAGAUUGGUCUGUUGUCGGAUCUCGAAGUUCUUUUUCUAUACAACAAUACUUUCACUGGCCACAUCCCUUUGGAGAUUGGAAACUUGGAGAGUCUUCGACAACUGGAUCUCUCUGGCAACCAGAUUUCGGGCUCAAUACCCGCUACAAUCGGAAACUUGGUUAACCUUGAAUCAAUGCAGCUUUUUUCCAAUAAUCUCAAUGGAAUUGUUCCACCGGAGAUCGGAAAUUUGACUUCAUUGAAAAAGUUUGACAUCAACACCAACCAAUUAAGCGGAGAGUUGCCGCAUACUCUCUCAAAUCUUUCCAACCUGGAGUUACUUUCGGUGUUUAGCAAUCGUUUCACAGGCGGUAUUCCUGCGGAAUUGGGCAAGAACAAUCCGUUGUUAUCAACCGUAAGCUUUUCAAACAACAGUUUCUCCGGAGAACUACCUUCGGGUUUGUGCAGUGGUUUCCGGUUUGAAACUUUCACCGUGAAUGGCAAUAACUUCACAGGGUUGUUACCGGAUUGCUUAAAGAACUGCACGAGCCUACGUCGAAUCAGGCUGGAUGGAAACCAGUUCUAUGGGGACAUUUCACAAGUAUUUGGUGUGCAUCCGAAUCUUACAUUCAUCAUACUCGGUGAUAAUCAAUUCACAGGUGAAAUCAAUCCCGCGUUUGGAAAUUUCCAAAACUUGUUAGCUCUACAACUGGAAAAGAACCGAAUCUCCGGAAAUAUCCCUCCAGAGCUUGGAGAUUUGCAACGGUUAGGCGCUCUACGGCUAGAUUGGAACCAACUUUUCGGCGAAAUCCCAAGCGAACUUGGAAAAUUACACAAUUUGUAUAAUCUCAAUCUCAGCAACAAUCUAUUAAGCGGACGAAUCCCUCAAAGUUUCGGCAACUUAACAAGUCUCCAAGAUUUCGAUCUAUCCACAAACAAUCUCAACGGAAGCAUACCGGCAACAAUAGGAAAUUGUGCAAGGUUAACAAGCUUAAACUUGAGCAACAAUGAUUUAUCAGGAGAAGUACCAUCUCAAAUCGGAAACUUAUUCGGAUUAAACUAUCUGUUAGAUCUAAGCAGCAAUUCGUUCUCCGGAAGAAUUCCUGAAGAUCUAUCAAAACUCAACACACUCCAAACCCUCAACCUCUCACACAACAACUUCUCGGGUCAAAUACCUCAAUCGAUAGCUACAUCCAUGAUUAGUUUGCAAGCAAUCGAUCUCUCGUACAACAAUCUCUCAGGUCCGGUUCCUGACGCAGGUGUAUUCAAACAAGCACCCGCAGCAUCCUUUACCGGAAAUCCAUAUCUAUGUGGAUCCGAUAAAGGAUUAUCUCCGUGUAACAUCAAAAGCACACCAAGGAAACCUAGAGAUGAUAAACUGAUCAUUGCGGUUCUUCUACCGGUUCUCAGUGUCGUUUUGAUAGUAACCGCGGUUGCUAUCUUCUGCAUAGUUACUCGAAGAAGAUCAAACAAUAACGACGAAGAGUCUACCAGUAAUACAACGGUUAGAAACUCCGAAUCGCUUGUUUGGGAGCAAGACGGUAAGUUUACGUUCAGUGAUAUCGUGAAAGCGACAAGUAACUUCGACGAGAAGUAUUGCAUUGGCAAAGGAAGCUUCGGAAGUGUGUACAAGGCGAAGUUACCUACCGGACAGAUCGUAGCGGUGAAACAGAUGAAAACGACGAAUACUGAUGAAGUUCCGGCGAAAAAUAAGAAGAGUUUCGAGAACGAAAUACGAGCAUUAACGGAAGUUCGUCACCGGAAUAUUAUUAAACUGUAUGGUUACUGUUGUAAAGAUGGCGGGAUGUAUUUGGUGUAUGAAUAUAUGGAGAAGGGUAGUUUGGGAAAUUUGCUUUAUGGUUUAGAGGCAACAUUGAAGUUGGAUUGGGUUACUAGGGUUAAAAUUGUGCAAGAUCUUGCACAUGCUUUAGCUUACUUGCAUCAUGAUUGCAAUCCUCCUAUUGUUCAUCGCGACGUCUCGAUAAAUAAUGUUUUACUCGAGUCUGAUAUGGUCCCGCGGUUGGCGGAUUUUGGGACGGCUAAGUUGUUGGAUCCGGAGUCGAGUAAUUGGACUGGCGUUGCUGGAUCGUACGGUUACAUGGCACCAGAACUUGCACUCACGAUGAAGGUUACAGAGAAAUGUGACGUUUACAGCUUUGGAGUUGUGACGUUUGAGAUUAUGAUGGGGAGACAUCCCGGUGAGCUUUUAACGUCUCUACAAUCAUCAAACCCGAGCUCAACCUCCCCAGACGAUCUAGUUCUUUUGUUGAAAGAUAUCCUAGACGGAAGGCUUUUGCCUCCGACAGAUGAGGAAGCUGAACAAGUAGCGCGUGUACUUAAUGUUGCUCUAGCUUGUACUCGUGUUUCACCUGAGUCAAGACCUUCAAUGCGCACCGUCGCUCAAGAAUUGUCGGCUAGUACUCAACCACAACUAGGCGAGCAUUUGAACAAGAUUAGACCGGAAAAGUUAUUAAGCUUCGAAGAAUAGUAUAAGCAUCAAUAUUUUUAAAUCAUUGUACAUAGAACAUACAAUUAGUUAAAAUAUAUGUUGUUCUUUUGCCAAAUUUUAAAAGUUCAAAAUUAUCUUACCCACAA